AUGCAUCUCCUUUCAGGUCUCGCGCUGCUCUCUGGCCUUGCAUCUACUGGUCUGGCAGCAUCCUUCUGUACCAGCAAAUUCCCAGUGCCUCGUCAAACAUGCGUGAGCACCGCACCCCUGGCGACAAUCACUACUACAGUAGCGACCAGCACUCAAACCACAACAGUCGCGACUUCCACUGUGACGGCCCCCAACUUUCGUGACCUCGACGGUCUCGGCCACGACAACUACCACAGUUACUGUUACGGCCAAUGCGAAGCGUGACGUCGAAGCUCGAGCAGUUGACCCGAGAGCAUCACAACUGAGCAGCCUCACGAAGCAGGCUUCGGCUUUCGUAGGAUCCAUCUGCACCUGUCUCGAGAAGCCAGCGACGACCACUGUCACUACUACACCAUCAACCACAACAUCCGUGACAGCCACUGUGACGUCGAGCAAAACUGCUACUAAUACUGCUACGGUUACUCCAAGCACUACCGUCACUACCACGACGACUGUGGCUACAUCUACCGUUACUCCAACCAGCACGGUAACUACUACUACCACUACCACUGUCACCACAACUACUACCGCGCCUACCAUUGUGUGCUUUAUUACGAGUGCUGUGGGGGAGGAACGAAGAAGAGGGGGUUGAGGUAUCGAGCGGAAUGGCCGGCGCUUGGCGGUGGUGGGGAUGGUGUUGUGCAUGUCAGACCUGGGAAGAAUGUAACUCUGGACGCGUAA